AUGACAGCCAAUAAUAAACAGGAAAUGGCACGCAAGAGGAACAUGCAGGCACUGCUUGGGAUGUUGAAGAUCAUGACGAUAGAGGACGACUAUGGCGUGAACAGACCCAGGGUACAGAAGAGCGAGUUUCAGAAGGGUGUUCUGAAGGCUGUUUUCGGAGUGACCAAAUUUCCAUCGAAGCAAACACGAGAAGACCUGGCACUGCUGCUGAAUCAAACAGCACGUAGCAUCCAAAUCUGGUUUCAAAACCAAAGAAACAAGAACGUAAAAAAGUAUCUGCAACGGACUAAGAAUGAUACGAAGGUGACAGUUGAGUCCAAUACGCUAACUAACAUUAUUGAGAAGGAGUUGUCAUCAUCAACCAGAAAGCAGUGGGACGAAUUCAUCAACUUUGACCUAAAUAGGAGAGAACCCUGA